CCGGUUGCUGGGGCGGCUGGUUUCAGACCGCGCGAGGCUGAUUAAGGAGCAUCACACGAGCUCGUCCCGCACCGCUACCGGGACAACGCCUGGACCGGCCCCACCCGUCUCCCUUCCUUUCCUCCUUCCCUGUUUUGACCCCACUCGCCGAUUCCGCUCGCCGCCAUGGCCGUGCGCCGCCGCCUCGCUCUGCUCCCAGGUCUGGCGCUGCUCCUGGCCGCGGCCUGCCCGACCACUGACGCCACCUCCGAUGUACUAGAGCUCACGGACGACAACUUCGAGCGGCGCGUGGCCGAUACGGGCAGUGCCGGCCUCAUGCUGGUGGAGUUCUUCGCGCCCUGGUGUGGACAUUGUAAGAGGCUUGCCCCAGAAUAUGAAGCUGCAGCAACCAGGCUAAAAGGAAUUGUUCCUUUAGCAAAGGUUGACUGUACUGCCAACUCAAAUACCUGUAAUAAAUAUGGAGUCAGUGGCUAUCCCACCCUGAAAAUAUUUAGAAAUGGUGAAGAAUCAGGUGCCUAUGAUGGCCCUCGUACAGCUGAUGGAAUUGUGAGUCAUCUGAAGAAGCAGGCAGGACCUGCCUCAGUUCCUCUCAUGAGUACAGAAGAUUUUGACAAAUUCAUUAGUGAUAAAACUGCUGCUGUGGUGGGUUUCUUCAAAGACUUAUUCAGUGAUUCUCACUCUGAGUUCCUAAAAGCAGCCACAAACUUGAGGGAAAACUACCGCUUUGCACAUACCAAUGUUGAUGCUCUGGUGAAGAAGUAUGAUGCUGAUGGAGAGGGUAUCACUUUGUUCCGGCCUGCACAUCUGGCUAACAAAUUUGAGGAAAGCAGUAUACCUUACACAGAGGAAAAGAUAACCAGUGGCAAAAUCAAAAAAUUUAUCCAGGAAAACAUUUUUGGUAUUUGCCCGCACAUGACAGAAGACAACAAAGACUUACUCCAGGGCAAAGAUCUACUUGUAGCUUACUAUGAUGUGGACUAUGACAUGAAUGCUAAAGGUUCCAACUACUGGAGAAACAGAGUAAUGAUGAUAGCCCAGAAAUUCCUAGACGCUGGACAGAAACUCAACUUUGCUGUUGCUAGUCGAAAAACUUUCAGCCAUGAACUUUCUGAAUUUGGCUUGGAAAGAACUUUUGGAGAGGUGCCUGUUGUUGCUAUCAAAACUGCGAAAGGAGAGAAAUACGUUAUGCAAGAGGAGUUCUCCCGUGAUGGGAAGGCCCUUGAACGGUUCUUGCAGAAUUACUUUGAUGGCAACUUGAGGAGAUACUUGAAGUCUGAGCCUAUCCCAGAGAAUAAUGAUGGACCUGUAAAGGUAGUGGUAGCUGAGAACUUUGAUGAAAUGGUUAAUACUGAAAAAGAUGUUCUGAUAGAAUUUUAUGCCCCCUGGUGUGGUCACUGCAAAAACCUAGAACCCAAGUACAAAGAGUUGGGAGAAAAGCUCAGCAAAGACCCCAAUAUCGUCAUAGCAAAGAUGGAUGCUACAGCUAAUGAUGUGCCUUCUCCAUAUGAAGUCAGAGGCUUUCCUACCAUCUACUUCUCUCCAGCCAAUAAUAAGCAAAAUCCACGGAAAUAUGAAGGUGGCCGAGAAGUUAGUGACUUUAUUAGCUACCUACAAAGAGAAGCUACAAAUCCUCCUGUGAUCCAAGAAGAAAAACCCAAAAAGAAGAAGGCAGAGGAAGAUCUUUAAAGUAGCAGCCAAAACCAGACCACUUUGUAUAAGGACUCUUUUACCAGUGAUGGGGCAGCCAGUGCCUCAAGGAUGAGUGGACAGUGUGGAUGCCAUUUGAAUCCUGUUUUAAUUUUCUCUAAGCUGUUUCUUUAGGUGCACUGUUAAUGGAAACACCAGGACUAGUUGAUAUUUGUUUGUGAUUUGGGGGGGGUGGGGGAGGAUUAUUUGUGUUGAGGGAAUAUUGUGGGGUUGGGGGGAGGGAGUUGAGCCCAGGGUUAUUUUCUAAUUUUUUCCUUUUUUUUCUUUUUCUUUUUUUUUGUACAUUUGGAACAAUGACAAUAAAUGAACCCCCCCCUUUAAACUAAGUUUUUGGGGGUGGGGGGGAUGGAGGUAAUGUUGACAGUUAGAUGUAAAGCAUUACCUUAUGCCACAUAACUAUUCUGAUGUAAACUCACAAUUGUCCCCAUGUUUACUACCCAGGCAUUUUUCUUGUGAUUAUCAAAGAUUUUGACUCUUUUUUUCAAGGAUUCUUCCCAGUCCUGCUCAUGUCCUGAUGGGUAGGUUGCUGUUUAUCCUUUAGGCACCUGGGACCAUUGCUUGUUUAUACCUCCCUAGGGCUGCUCUUAGCCCAAGAGUCCUGCUAUUGCAAUUCCUGCGCUUGGGUGUGGCUUUAGUUUGGGGUUUAUUCCAAACUGUUACUGGAACUGCUGAUACUAAUAUGGGUGCAGUUCUAUGCAUCCUACAGUCUAGGGUGUGGUACAGUAAACUUUAUUUGAAGGGACUGGUAAUGGUAGUAAUAUUCUCAGGGCAUCCCUUUUCUUCCUGCUAUAAUGCUCUAUAAAAAAAAACAAAAAAAGGAUGGACCUAA